UUUCCGAAAUCUUCUGUUCUCAUCAAAAAAUAAAAAACUGAAAUAUUCUCCUGUCCUCUCUCUCCCCUCUCCGACGAUGCUGCUGAUGAGGUCCGCCGCCGCCCCCUGUUCCUUCACCUCCAUGCUCCUCCGCCGCCUCACCUCCUCCUCCUCCGCUUCAUACGCCAUCCGCCGUCAGGCCACCCUGGCCCUCUCUUCUCUAUCCUCCUCGUCCUCCUCGUCUGCUAGAUUCACCACCUGGUCCCCUCCCCCUCUUUCCGGCAGCACCCGGACCGGGGGAUUCUCGGCCUGGGCGUCGGCGCCGGGACCGGCGGGACCCACCGGCUCCACCAUCACGCAGUCUAUGGAGACCAAGAUCAAGGAGCAGCUGGAGGCGGACACUGUCACCGUCUUCGACGCCUCAGGGGAUGGCCGCCACGUCUGCAUAGACGUGGUUUCGAAGGCGUUCGAGGGGAAAUCCGCUGUGAACAGGCAGAGAAUGGUUUACAAGGUUAUAUGGGAGGAGCUUCAAAGCACCGUGCAUGCUGUGGACCAAAUGACCACCAAGACUCCAGGUGAGGCGGCUGGCAACUAGUAAUCGAGAUCUGCAUGGCAAAAAUUAAACUGUUGUACACCAAGGCCACUGCCAGGACCGACAUGAAGACAUUCUUUUGUAGGAUACACUUUUCAUGUACACGUCAACUGACGGGUCAAUAAUAUGGGGUGUGAUUGGCAUUACUUCCGUAAGAAAUAGUAUAUUUUUGGCUAUAAUUAGCAUUUUGUUUUUUAUAUGGCAGCUACUUGUCCAGAGGAUUCAAGAGUUAGAAUCUCGGGUUCGAUCUUUAUAUGCUUUUCAUGUGACUGA